AUGUCUUUUCGAUUUUCUGGGGGAUCCAGGGUCUGCUCUAGAGCCGGGUCUGUCAGGCUGUCCAGGGGAGGGGCGGGCUUUGUGGCUGGGAAUGUGUGUGUUGGGCCCGGAGCAGAAAGCAGCUUUUCUUGCACCCUUGGGGGAAUCUCUUCUGGGGGAGGCUUUGGCCAUGGCAGUGAGGUGUCAGGAAGGGUUGGUGGCACUAGUUUCCUUAACAACGAGCCUGGGCUCUUCUCUGGGAAUGAGAAAGUGACCAUGCAGAACCUCAAUGACCGGCUGGCCCUGUACCUGAACCACGUGAGUGCUCUGGAGGAGGCUAACACUGACCUGGAGAAGAAGAUCGAGGGCUGGUAUGAGAAAUAUGGGCCUGGCUGUGGCCGUGGACUUGACUAUGACUACAGCAAGUAUUUCUCAGUCAUUGAGGAUUUGAAAAGACAGAUCGUUUCUAUGACCACCUGUAAUGCCAACCUUAUUCUUCAAAACGACAAUGCCAGACUCACAGCUGAUGACUUCAAGAUGAAGUAUGAAAAUGAGCUUGCUCUGCACCAGAGUGUUGAGGCUGACACCAACGGUCUUCGCAGAGUGUUGGACGAGCUGACGCUUUCUACAACUGACUUGGAAAUACAGUGUGAGGCUCUGAGCGAGGAGCUGACAUACCUCCAAAAGAACCAUGAGGAGGAAAUGGGCGUCCUGCAAAACGCAUCAGGGGGGAACAUCAAUGUGGAGAUGAAUGCGGCCCCCGGUGUGGAUCUAACGGCCAUGUUGAACAACAUGAGGGCGGAAUACGAAGAUCUGGCUGAGCAGAACCGAAGAGAUGCAGAGGCCUGCUUUAAAGAGAAGAGUGCAACGCUGCAGCAGCAGAUUUCAGAUGACGCGGGAGCGGCCUCGGCAGCCAGAAAUGAGCUGAUGGAGCUGAAACGCAGUCUGCAGACUCUGGAGAUAGAACUUCAGUCCAUCUCAGCGAUGAAACAGUCGUACGAGAGUUCCUUGGCUGAGACCGAAGGGAAUUACUACAGUCAACUCCAGCAAAUCCAGGAGCAGAUCCGGGUGCGGGAGGAGCAGCUGCAGCAGAUCCGAACAGAGACGGAAGGCCAGAAGCUGGAGCAUGAGCAGCUGCUGGGCAUCAAAACGUGCUUAGAGAAGGAAAUUGACAUGUACUGCAACUUACUAGAUGGAGAGGAACGGAGAAGUGAGUCCACGGGGUACAAACCAAUGGAUGGCAAGCCUGAAGCCAAUGACUCAACGGAAGAAACGUUUGUCAGAACAAUGGUCGAAGAGCUAGACCAGCUUGGCAACCUCCUUUCCCUGAGAGUGCACUCCGUAGAAGAAAAAUCUUCUAAAAUCAGCAACAUCACCAUGGAGCAGCGGGUGCCUUCCAAAACCCCGUGAUGAUGAAAAGAUCAUUCAUAAAACACGAAGCUGCCUCUGCAGAAUUCCGCUGGUCAAGUAACCCAAGAAAAUUAUCCAUGCCUGUUCUUAAAGCUCAAAGGACUAGACUCCGGUUUCCCUUUCUUCCUCUUCUCUUACUGUCAUGGGCAACACAGAUGGAGGUACAGGGACCCUUCUUUGACAGAGAAAAGAAAUCCUUGGAGAGCCAAUAUGAAACAGAGCUGGAGAAUUACUAAAAGACAUUUUUAACUUGGAUCUGAAGCAUGGAUCCAUAGAGAGGUGUUCAGGGCAGGGAUGAGAUGUACCCAAGCAUCAGUGUGGGCUUCUCCCAAGACAGUCACUAGUUGUUGUUGUUGUUGUUGUUGUUGUUGUUGUUGUUGUUGUUGUUUAGGUUUUUUGAGUCAGGGUUUCUCUGUGUCACAGCUCUGGCUGUCCUGGAACUUUGUAUACCAGGCUGGCCUUGAACUCACAGAGAUCUGCCUGCCUCUGCCUCCCCUCUCAAGUGCCGGGAUUAUAAGCGUGCACCAUCACCACCCAGCAAACACUUAGGUGUCUUUAUCACAGGUAUAUACAGGAUUCUGGUGCCUCUCAAGUUAUAUUUCUAAUGGUUACAAGAAACUCCCCUCUUGUUUCUUUAACAUUGCUCAAAGGGUGCAGCCUAUAACAAGGUUAAGACUUAAAAGACUUCCCUUCUGUAAACAAGGUUGGAAGAUGGAUUGAUGAAGAUGUUGUUUAGAUUUAGGAGUGAGGAGAGGGUGAAGGUGAUACACCAUGCUGGUCAUAAGUAAGUAUGGUUUAGCUUGACAAGAUGUCUUUGGGGAAAGUCGUGUACUGUCUCUCAGCCAUUUGGGCUUCACCAGAGAUUUCUGAAGUUUCUGGCCUUUCUCAGGAGAAAAGGUGGGUCAUUCUCUGGAAACAAAAGCAUGUUUUUUUUUUUCAUCCUUCCUGUGUUACCAUAAUGUUCCUAUCUGUCUACGCUCCCCAAUGCUUCAGUAAACCUUUCCAAGAGAUGAGACAAUCUUGGUAGUUUUUGUUUUUAUUUUGUGAACCUUUGGUCAUCUCAUGAAGAGUUCUUUGUUGCAAUUUUUUUCUGAGACAGGUUUCUAUGCCUAGCUCUGGCUGUCCUGGAACUCACUUUGUAGACCAGGCAGGCCUCGAACUCACAGAGAUCCACCUGCCUCUACCUCCCUGAGUGCUGGGAUCAAAGGCAUACACCACUACUGCCCAGCACAAAUUAUUUUUAUUAUCUGCUUCUUUUCAAUUUCCAC